AUGGAUAUGAAGAAAUGCAAAACUAUUACAGAGGAUGUAAUUUUAGCUUACUUGGCGCAAAAAUCUGAAACUGUCAAAUCCUCUACCCUGUGGAGCAUGUACUCUAUGUUGAAAAGUACCAUUUUAGUGAAGAAAAAUGUAAACAUAGCCACUUUCCCAAAGGUAAUCGCAUUUCUUAAAAGGAAGAAUGUUGGUUAUAAAGCAAAGAAAUCAGAAGUCUUCAGCAGCGAGCAAAUCAACAAAUUCAUUAGAGAAGCAGAUAAUGAAACAUAUCUAAUGCUAAAGGUAGCAACAAUUAUUGGGUUAGCCGGUGCGUGUAGACGGGAAGAACUAACAAAAAUGUCAAUUGAUCUAAUAAACGACAAAGAAGAUAUGUUGCUCGUGAAAAUACCAGAUUCUAAAACACAUAUUGAGAGAAAUUUUGUUGUAAUUGGGCAAGAAAACCUGCUGUUGUAUAGGCAAUAUUUAUCUUUACGGCCAUCCCAUACUCCACAUAACAGAUUAUUCGUGAAUUACAAAAAAGGAAAAUGUUCGAUUCAGCCCGUUGGUAUCCACAGUUUUGGGAAUCUCGGAUUAAGAAUUGCAGAAUUUUUAAAUUUACCCAAUCCUAAAAAUUACACAGGCCAUAGCAUGCGUCGAACUUCAGCGACGAUAUUUGCUGAUAAUGGUGGAAACAUCACAAAUUUGAAGAGACACGGUGGCUGGAAGUCUACCAAUGUCGCUGAAGGAUAUAUAGACAAUUCACUAACAAACAAAAUUAAAAUUGCCAAGACCAUUCAAAAAUUAUCAGAUGAAAACAAUCAAUAUGAAACGGAAACUUUACCUUCUUGUUCUGACUACAAAAGGCAUUUAAAUAUACCAAGCAUUUCAAACAAAUUAAACCCUUUCAAUAUUAGCAAUUGCUCAAAUUUUACUAUAAAUCUUAAUAUAAAUAAGAAUUAGAAUGUUUCUGUUAGUACCUAUCUUCU